AUGACCAGACCGCAUCAGCGUGAGAUAAUCCUCGCCGCUCUCGAUGGGAAAGAUGUUUUCGUUCAGGCAGCCACGUCGUUUGGCAAGAGUUUAUGCUUUCAACUGCCAGCCGUGAUAGAUCCUGGAAUAACGAUUGUCAUAUCCCCUUUGUUGAGUCUCAUGAUGAACCAAGUCGAGGCUCUCCGUGCAGCCAACGUAGAUGCCCGAACACUAAACAGCAACAUCCCCCUCCCCGAGCGGGACCGCAUCUACCAAGACCUCGCCACCGGACACCCGCAUACUCGCCUCCUUUAUGUGACCCCCGAGCUCUGCUCCUUCGAUCGCUUCCGCGAGCGUCUCAAAUUCGUGCAUCAGCAGAAAGAACUCGCCCGCAUCGUCGUCGACGAGGCCCACUGUAUCUCAGAAUGGGGCCAUGACUUCCGCAAGGACUUCAAGCGCCUCUCAUGGUUCCGCGAGACCUUCCCAGACGUGCCCAUCAUGUGCCUGACGGCCACCGCGAACGAGCAAGUCCGCCGAGACAUCCUCUCCACCCUGGGCAUGGACAAGACGCUCGACCGGCUGCGCAACUUCACCAUGACAGCCCACCGCCCAAACCUCCACCUCGAAGUCCGCUUCACCAGCGACGAGGCCAACGACCGCUUCGACGACUUCGUCACCUGGCUCAAGGGGGUCUACUCCCGGCGCGCCGCCGCCGACCGCAAACCGGAGCUAGAAGCCGCGAGCGAGCGCAUCGACAGCGUCCCGGGCAUCAUCUACACCAUCUCGCGCGACGAGUGCGAGUCGCUGGCUGCCGCCCUCCGCUGCGAGGAGAUUGGCGCGCGGCCCUUCCACGCCAAGCUGCCCAAGCAGGUCAAGGAGGAGACGCUCGCGCGGUGGAUCGCCAACGAGCGCGGGUACGACAUCAUCGUGGCCACCACGGCGUUCGGCAUGGGCAUCGAUAAGGAGAACGUGCGCUUUGUCGUGCACUGGCGUCUGCCCAAGAGCUUUGAGGGGUACUACCAGGAGGCCGGGCGGGCGGGGCGUGAUGGGAAUGCGAGCUACUGUUUUCUGUACUAUGCGCGUGAGGACAGAGAUCGGGUGUGUAAUAUGGUUAUGAGAGACGGACCGGCGGGGAAUGACAAGAACAAGCAGGCGCGGAUGGAGAGCCUGAACCGGCUGGUCGCGUACUGUGAGGAUACGACUGGCUGCCGGCAUGCGGCGAUCUGCAAGUAUUUUGGGGAGGAAAAGGUGCCAGAGUGCGAUUAUGCGUGCGACUGGCAUAAGGAUGCACCGGGCUUGAAGAAGAGGAUGAUGAGGGGCCUGGCGAGCGAGGAGUGGGUGAGUACGCAGCGGCAGGAGGGGAUGUAUGAUGAUUAUUAUUACAGUGAUUAG